AUGCCGACAACGCCAGAACCUGGCGAUGUCUGCUUCACCGGUCUUCACUUCGACUCCUCCUUCCGCCACUUGAUCACCGUCAACCUCGCCCUCAACCUGACCAACACAAAUCUGGCGGGCCAGGUCUACCUGACCGUCGCGCUACCAAGCCAGUGGUCCUUCACCGCAACGUCGAAGCAGAAUUAUUCAGAGCCAGACUCGCACUAUGUCGAAUUCAUCGUCGAACAUGGACGCCUCGAGGCGGGCGCGCUUGGGUCGGCCGUUUGCACGACCAUGCGACUGCGCGCUGUCGUCGCAGGCCGCGAGGUCGAGAUCAAGAAGGUCGACACGCCGCCGCAACGAGUCCCGACACGCAUUGCCCACGAGACUAAUCGGCGGUACAUACUGCAAGUACUGCAGAAGGACGUCGAGGCCGCCCAGAUUGCUUCGGACCUUGAAUUCUCGCAGGACGUGCCAGAGCCGAGUCUCGAGGCAGCAACGCUCACCGAACGCAUUCCUCACGUCUUCCUCAGUCCCAUGCCAUACGACGUUCGCUUUCACUUCUCCGACGCGCACGAGCACGGCGCCGAACUUUGGGCCGAAAGCGCUUUUCUCGAACGCGCCUCUCCGUACUUCCGGAUUCUCCUCGCUUCCGACUUUGCCGAGACUGCCGUCGUGCCGCAGAAGCGACCACGUACGGCGCCCAGUACCGCCUUACCUGCGUCUCCCGCGAGCGGGAAGGAGAAGGACUUUGACGAUUCAGACGACGAAACGGACGGCUUGUUCUUCCAGAAGUCGCCGCCUCAGCUAUUCCACCACGGCGACACACACGAGUUCCGCUUCAAGCAGAUCACCGUCACCCAAACGGCAUUCACGACCUAUCGCGCCGUUCUCGCCUUCCUUCGAACCGGCCAUAUCUCCUUCGCGCCACUGUCGUCGUCGUCGGCGUCUCGAGACACCCUGUGCCUAACGCACUUUAGCAGGUCUCUCAUGCCCGCCACGGCGCCCAUCGAGCUCGUCAACGACGCUUCAGUUCGCUACGACGCCUGGAGGAAGGUAGUGAUCGAGUAUAUCGUCGAGCGGUGGGACGAAGUGAUGGAGACGGAGAGCUGGAAGGACGUGUAUGCGCGGAUUGAGCGCGACGAGAUACCUGGAUCGGGACUUGUGUUGCUCAAGCUGAUGGACAAGAAGCUGGGUGCGGGAAAGGGUGCGUCCUUUUCCUUCGCUUCCUCUUUCCCCGGGCAUCUUGCUGACACCGUCGCUCCUUGUGUAGGGUAG